AUGCGCCGGCAUCGAUUGAGAGUACGACAAGAAGGUGAAGUACUGGCCUACCGUCUUCGGGAGUGGACGUACCUCCAUGGACUGCGAUACGCGGCUAAUCAAGAACCAACGUGCAGAAGAAAACGUUCCAGCGAAGCCAACGAAACCGACCCCAUUCCACCACAGCUCGAAGGCAACGUCGACUCGCCCAUCGUUCUUAUCGGGCCCUUGCAGGGCGACUCUGUAGACUAUACGUUGUUCUGGCUGUCGACUGAGCGGACGGUUGUCUGUGGAAACUCGGUGGUCGAGGAGAUAGAGACACCUCAGAUAUACGAUGCGUGGGUCAAAACACUCGAUCUCAUAGAAGCUUUGAAUCCGUCCAAAGUGAUCCCCGUGCACAUCGAAUCCGGAUGGGAGCUGGAUGCAAAGGCCGAUCUUGCGCACAACCGCAAGUACCUGGACUUGUUCGCUUCAAAGGUCACCCAUGCCAAAAAGAAGCCUAGCGAUGAUGAGCUAUUUCAGACCUUCAAGAAUGCUUUCCCACAGGUGAGAAGUGCUUUCGUUACUGUCUCGCGCUUCGUAUGGCGUCCAAUGGGAUUUUGGCAGGCGAAAAAAAACCUUGACUUCUUCCUGGGCCAUUUGUCGACUACGCAUGGCGAGGGCGACGAAGUCUGA